GUGGCCGCGGUUAAAGCGUUAGGGUGUAAGUGAAAGUCUACUGGUUGACUUCUGUGUUUGUUGUUCACGUCGAGUUAAGGAUAACACUAUCUCAACAGGUCCUGUUGCUGGUAGCCGUUCACCCCGCAUCGCUGCUUCUCUUCUUAUCUGAAGGCGCCGCUCUAUCCCAGUAAGGUGGUGACAGAUGUCUGAUGAGUGGACGUAGUCCAGGGCCCCGUCGCGCGCUGGCGGGCACACCCUGCCUGUGCCUGCUGCAGCGAUGUCUGGCCGUGCACCUCCAGAGGGUCGGUCUGGUUCCCCGCACCCCCGCCUCGCCAUCGGGGGAUCCACCGCCUCAGCAGUACUGGAUGUACGAUAGCGGCUACCUAGUCUUUCAGGGGUUUCUAGAAGCGAACCAGAAAUGUUUCUGGAACCCGGGGUUGUUGGAGGCGGUACGAGUCCUGGAGUUCCAGGGGUACGUGGCUCCAGGUGUGUUGCUGGUGCGUGCGAACCCCUGUGCUUUGGAGGUGAUCCGAGCCGCCUGGGCCAGGAACGUGCUGAAGGCCCCAGCCAACUAUACCAUCGCGUCUGUCGGGGAUGUGGAGGAUUGUCUGAUCCAACCGAUAUCCCAGGGCCAGUUCACUCCACUGCCUGAAGCCCUAUGCUGGGUGAUCCUGGACCUGACAUCCUCGGGCCAGGUAGCAGUCUUGGAUACAAUCCGAGCCGCCCUCCAAGUCGCCUUCCCCGAGAUGGAGAGACCAUCCAAGGAGCUUGUCUAUGAUACACUGGCCAAACUCAUGACAGACAGGAAGUUGUACCAGACAUCAAGGGGUUACUUCGUGGUGACGCCAGAGUCCCGCCGACUGCGCAAGAGCUCCUCCAACGAGGACUCCAGUGCACGUACGAUGCUGUUGAGCACAGAGGAGGCUGUGGCGCUGGUCCACGGGGAGAUGGAGACAGUCCUAGAUGGUGAGCGGACACAUCAGGCCGUGCAGACCAACCUGGCUGACGUCAUCUGUGGAGGUAACUCCAAGGACAAGGUUUUAUACGCUCGGUCACCAGCCAAGCGGGCACAACUGGAGAGGCGACAUUCACUGCGGCUCUUUGGCAGCAACAAGCGGCUGUCGGCUCUGCAGCGGAGUGGCUCCAUGAGGCACAUACCUUCGCGCCAGACUUCAACAGAUACCUCUCUCGUCGGAAACUCGCUAGCUUCCUCCUCCACCUUCUCUCGCAAGUCUCUGUCACUGUUGUCACGGAUAUUCCGACGGUCAAAGAGAGGGAAGUCACAACCAUUGCAGACAUUCUCUGCACAGUUCCCGCCUACUGAAUGGUUCAACAGUAGAGUGCGACACUUGCAUUCAGUAGGCACUCAGACACAGGCCGUCCGCACCAGCACCAACAGGAGCAACAGUCCUGCCUCUUCCGUUCGGAGCCGAGCCAACAGUUCAAGCCGUACUCACUUGAUGGAGCGCAGCUGGGAGCGAGAGAGGGACGGAGAGGGCACACUUAGUCGCCACCACCGCAGACAGGGCUCAGCUACUACCACACCAACUCCCUCACGACCACCCUCACGUCGUUCCUCUCCCCACCCUGCACCCGCACCAAGCAUUUCCCCAUCCCGCAGCUCCCUGUCUUCCAGCAAGACUGUUGUCAACACCAAGUCCUUGUCUUCAGCCUCUUCAGGCUAUAACUCCCUUCCACGCUCCACCAAGAGCCCAAAGACAUCGAGACAGUCUUCUGCUACACCCACUCCGAAGAACUCACCAGUACAUUCAGCCACAAAUGCUGGAAAAAGUUCCAUAACACUACAAGUCUCCACCAACCAGAAUAAAGGCAACUACUCCAGUCAAUGUGACACCAACAUCGGAGGUUUCAUAUCUUCAUUAAAGUCUUCGGUAGGAGAAGUGCCGGAUGAUAACUCAACAACUAUGACUACCACAAUAAAUGGAGCUAACACAACAAAAAUAUUUGUCCAACAGCAAAACUCACCGGUGCGAUCUAUCAUAACUUUUGAAAAUGGUUUGGGGAAGAACUCCCAAAACCGUGAUUUGAUUAUCUUAAACGGAGGUAAACCUGUUGACACAAACAAAACUAAUGAUAAAGAUGGGAACAAUAAGAAGAACAGACCAAAACUGGAAAGGCCAACUUCACUGUACACAAAGGAAGAGACUGAAGAUACAAAAAGCAAUGAGAAGUUAUUUGGUCAGCUAGAGACUCAACUGAAAAUGAAAUUUCCCUCAUCGGAAACUAUUCAGUUAGAGGAGAAGCUAUUGACGUCAACAAAAAACAACAAAAACAGCCAGAAGAGGCCUGUGUUCGAUUCCACUAAGUUAGGGACAGGAAGUCUAAUCGACGUGGCUAAUUUUGAAUCCGAGCUGAACAAUGUGAGGAAGGCUUCAAUAUCUUCAACUCCUCUGCAGUCUUACAACAAAACUGAAAAUCUUAGUGUCAAGAACCUUCUCAAGGAAUCUGAGCAUCCUUUCUUGCCUUUAAUCAUGAAUAAGGAGGCAAAAAACUUCAACAGCAAUCCUCCCAGUCCUACCAAACCUUACCCGGGUGAGAUGUCCUCUGACCUCGUAAAGUUGAACGGGGGACUGAGCACGCAGGAUGUGGGUGGCAAGAAAGAAGGAAAUAAUGAGCUAGGAGCAUUUCCGAGUUUAAGUGACCUUUCUUUGCACUUCACUUCGAUAGCUGCACAGAAUAUCUUGAAAGGUGUCAGCAUCAACUCUAUCGACACCCUGGUCGAGGUGAAUAUGGCAGCCGAGAAGCAGAACAACUGUGAUGUUACGGUUCACACCGACUUCGGUGUUGUUUAAGUAUUCUGUUGUUAUAAUGUGAAUUCAAAUUUAUUGAUAAUGUUUGUAUUUAUAUGAUAUUGUACAAAUUAACGUUAUUUAACUUUUAAGUAUUUUUGCUUAUGUCUGAAUUAUUUUUGCUUAGGACACUUUAAUAUUAAAUCCACUUUUGUUUUCCUGUCUAGUAAGUUUUCGUUCUGAAUCAUAGUAAUUUUAUGGAAGUACAAUAUAACUCAUGAUACAAUUAAGUAAUUUUACUGUUCAGAGCUAUUCUAAUAACGAUUAAGUGUUUUAGAGAUUUUGUUAAUAAAUAUUUCAUUUGAAAAAUUAGACAUUAUUUACAACACAUUAUACAUUUUCACCAGUGCCUACAUUAAUUUAGCUUAUAGACAAAUCAAAUCAUUAAGCUGAAGUAUUUACAAAAUGUCAAUGUUAAGUUAAGGGUCUAAUUUAAAUCUUUUCAAGUGCUCCUUUCUCUUCAUUAAUUUAAUCUGGAUCUAUUGAAAUUAAAAAUACUACACAGCUGUGUACAUAAUUAAUUCUUCACAUCUUAUAAGAAUAAUUAUUUAAUUUUUUAAUGGAUAAUACCCUCUUUUAUCCAUUAUGCUUGAAACAUUUUAAGUUACCAAAUGAAUUGAAACAGUAAUUUUAUUUCCUUCUUCUAUCAAAACAAACCUCACAAUAAAAUACAAACCUAACUCACCAUAAAACCAAAAUAUAAAUGAUUGGUUUUGUGAGAUCAACAUAUUGUUUUGCGAGAGUUAUAAAAAAUGUAUUACUUUUUAAUUAUAAUCUACUUUAGUGUGACAUAUUUAAAGAUAAUUGUUAUAUGUCUAAAUGAUUUAAUAUGUAUUUAUUUUAGAAUCAUUUAAUUCUAAAUGUAUACAAUUACAUGUUGUGCAAUGCUGUUGGUAAAAUUAAUAAUAAUAUACAAAUUUUAAUUUUGUGAAUCAAUAUCAUUUAUAACACAUUUAUAAUUAACUAUAGCAUAUUGCAAAUAAAAAUGUUUAUGUAUUCAUGUACUUUUCUAAGUACACUAUUUUAUUCGUUAAACAAGAGGAAAAUUAAUUAUAAAGCAACAUUUUACAAAAAUUAAAUAACUUAAAUAGAAUGAGUUGCAGAUUUGAGUCCUGAAAAUUUUAAUUUCCUAGCAUUUAUGGUAGUUAAUGUAAAUACUUAGGAAGUUGUUGUAUAGUCACCUGUACAUGUACAUGCACCAUUCAUAGCUUUAUUUUUUCACAGUAAAAGAAAUACAAACUUUGUAAUUUAGUUUUGAUACAUACAGCAAUAUUGUUUAUGUGCCAUGUGCUGCAUUGUUUAAUAUAAUGUAAGUGUUUAUGGUACUUUUGUCAGCGAUUGUUAUUGGCUUGUAAUUUUUAACAGUUAUUUAAAAAUGCUUUUUGAAAACUCGCAAUUUAUUAAAAAGGCAUUUUUUGAAUAAAUUGGUCAGAAAUAUUCAAAAUCAUUUAAAAUCAAAACCAGGUGACAAAAUUGUUAUUGAAAAAAAGUGUGUAUUACUCAUUUUUAUGAGGUUUUAUAUGUAAACUGUAGCUUGAUUUGUGCUGUUACAUAUUAUACUAAUACAUUAAUAAAAUAUUAAAAUUAUUUAUCGAAAUAAAUACAAUAAAGACAACAAAAAUAAUUUUAGAACAUAUAAUUCUAUUGCGAAUCACAUGUAUCAAUGUCUCUCUCACUAAAAUAGAAAUAAAGGCAUUUGGAAAGUUAUGUGUCAUAUUAUGAUUUGAAAUCAAAAUUUAAAUCAAAUAUUAAUGAUUAAAUUAGUUAUAAGCUAAAUAUAGAUUCACAUGUAUUACAUUGUUAGCCAUAACUUCUAAAGCACAUAUGUGAAUAAUAAAAAAAAACUUGAAUGUUUAACUUACUUUAUAAGUAUUGUGCCAAUUCAGAAUAAUGAAACAUCUCGUUUCAAAGUACUACUAAUUGUCAUUAUAAAGUUAAUCAAUCAUUAUAUGAAAUAUAUCAUUAUUUCUCCUUUACCAUAACUCUUUGAAACCCCUCGCCCAUCUAUUACAAUUAUCUAUUGCCUUGUCUGCCUUGUGGGAUACUCCAGUACUAAGUACUUUUCAUUUAAUUUCUUACUAAGUUAAUUCUUCAUUUAAGUUACAGAUUACUAUACCAUUACCGAUAUUAUGAAGGGCCAGGAAGUAUCCUUGCACACACACACUUCAACACUCUAGAGAGUAGAGAGCCUCGGGCUUGCCGAUCUCUCUCGUGUCAUUCAUAUAAACACAAACACAUUAUUUUUUUAAUAUAAUUUAUCCUGUAGUGGAAAUUUCAGUUUAUUACAUAUUGUUUGGUAUAUUUUUCUUGUAAUGAUGCUUACAGUCUAUAUAUACUAUUCAUUUUAGGAUAAAAUAACAAGUACAAAAAAUCUGGUUUUGUUUGGAGAAGUACACUACGUGACCAAAGGAUGGCAAUACUGCCAAUCCUAAUUGCUUACACUUGUGUGUGAGUGAGGUCUGCGUAUUUGUGGGACCCAGUCAGACUCCUGAUAAUAAUAGUCUAUUGUUGAUUAAAAAAUGAGAAGGGUUGAGGAAAUAAAAAUGCACUAUAUUUUAAGUAGAUGGUAGCUAAUUUUUCAAUAUAGCUAUUAGACAAUUUUGCAACAAACCUUUCAACCAGUUUGUAACAAAGCCAAAAUUCUCAUGUAAUGUUUAUUUUCUAGUUUAGAACAUAUCAUGCAAACAUAUUUUAUAUCAAAAUCAAUAUUUUAUUUAUAAUUUCACAAUUCUUUAAAAUAUCAAGUGAAAUUCCUCAAUUAAAAAAUAUAUUUGUUUAACAUUUAAGGUAUAUUAAAUUAAAACUUUAAUUUAUAAACAAAACAAAAUCUCUUAAAAUGUUAUUCAUAAUAAAAAUUUGCACUGUUUUGUUUUUAAAUAUUAUAUGCUAUGCCUGAACUUUACUGUUAUCCAGAUUAUUCAUUUAACACAUUGAGUGCGGCAGACACCCGUGAGCUCACCACAUUGUUAGAAGUUGGUCUAAAUCAGUAUAGACCAGCAAUAAAGGUAUUAAAAAUAAUUCUUAAAAACUAUAAAGCUAUAAAAACCAUAUUGAAAGUAUGAAACUUGAAGGUAUUUAUUAAAAUAUUUAAACUAGGAUUUUUCAAACUCCAAACAGGGUUUAUAAUCAUUUUAAAACUGUUAGGAGGUGAAAACUUUUUCUUUUCUGUACAGUGCUGCUGUUCACAGUUAAUCUUGGAACUAAUACUACCUGUGGCUAUGGACAGAACUGUUUUGCUUGAUUUCAUUACAUCAGAGCAAUGAAACAGGAACACUCUUAUCAUGUAUCUAUACAAGAAUUUGUUUUCCUUGCUCCAUAAAGAAUGUGAGUGACUUACAAGAUAUAACUGAUUUUUAAUUCCAAAUUAGAGAACAGUUGUAAUGCAUUACGUCAUUGAUAUUUUAAAGAAAUUAUAUUAUAGUAUAGUACUGUAAUAAUAGACCUAGUUUCCUUCUCUAUCUUUAAUUAUACUGUGUUAUGAAUUUAAAUUUUCCAAUUUAAAAUAACCUGGAUAUGAUACAACUUUUAUCAACAAUUCUUUCUUUUUCCGAACAUAACUGUACAGUCCAAACCAACCCUGAAAUGUAAUACAAUUAACAGAGAUAAACAACACUUAGAAAUACAUAGAAGGUUUGUAUACUCUCUUGGUUGAAAUAGUUGAUUUUAAAUUGUUUUAAAUGGGGUACCAAGCUUAUGUUUGUAAAAUGUUUUAUCCUAAUAUUCAGUCCUUUUAAUUUAAAUAUAAAUACCAUACUAUAAAAUUAAUAGAACCUAAAAAGAUAAUUAGGCACAUCAAAACCCUUACUAAACAAAUUUCAUUUAAAUGAAUUAACUCACAAUGUUCUAACAACGUUAAAAAUGUAAAAUCAAAAUAGUGGCACACUUUUACUUAUUAUUUAUGUCUUAACUUUUUGUGUUAAUAGGUUUAAUUCUGUUGAUAAUAAUUUUAUUAAUGAAUGUUAAGCUUUAUUUUCUACUGAUUGUACAAUCUGUCAUGUACAUACUCCUAAAGGUUGUAAUAAACUAUUUCCACUUUA